GAUGAGCGGUGGUUCCUUGCUGCGGCUGUUUCAGUCCGAGUACUUUGAUGCCCACUUGCACAUGCACUACCUUUUGCGCAUGGAGCAAAGUGGAGUGCAGGACUAUCUAGUAAACGAGCUGUACAAGAUGACGGAUGAUGAUGUUGAUUUUUAUCUGCCGCAGCUGAGCCAAGUUGCGCUGCUGCGAUACAGCAAAUCAUCACUACAUCGCUUUCUGCUGGACAAGGCCGCUCAGUCCAUGCCCUUCGCGCUGAAGAUACACUGGCUUGUCCGAAGCAUCUCCGAGGACAAAACGCCAGAGCUCUACGAGAAUGCCAUGGCUAUGUUGAGCCUCUGUGAAGCUGCGAUGGUAAACUCGACGGUGGCGGUUGGAAAGACCGAAGAGGUCGCCGACGGGCCACCUCGCGUCCAGCGCAUGCUCAGGUGCUCAGACCGGGUGCUGAUGAGUUCUACAGGAGGAACAACUUUUGAGGAGGCGACGAGCAUCAUAAGGAUUGCAAGAGAAGAGCAGCUAGGUUUAAUUUGUCAACUCUUCGGACUUGAAAAUGAUUUUUCGGAGGACAGCUCCCUGACGGACGAAGAGGCCGAGGAGCACGAAGAAGCGGGACCAUGCCAGGCCGACUUGCGGACCUCCUUGCCCGAGGUCGAAGCGCUCAAAGCUGCUGCUAUACGACAUCUCGCCGCACUUGAGCAGUCCUCCACUGUGGCUGAGCGUGGUCAGGCGUUGGACUUGUCCAGCAGCUGCCCCAAUGCCUACCGGAAUCUCGGUCUGCCUGUGGCCUCGGUCUUGUCCGAGGAGGAGGACUGCCUCGACGACGAGCGGGUGCGGGAAUGCCUGAUGAAGAAAAGGAGGUGUGAUUACUUCAACAUGCAGAACCAGCUCGUGUCGCUCAUCAUGACUCUGUCGGGUGUUUUGACCUCCUUUGCCGACAAGGCCGAGCGCAAGGGCGCUUUGGCCGCCACCUUCUCGGUUUUGAACCGCUGGCUUCUGGAUCGCCGGGUCUGCAUGGCCGCCCUGGCAGAAGGUCCUUUGUUUCUUCUCGGUACCCACAUACCGCUUUGGAGACAUCAGGACAGCCUUCACCAAAUUCUUUACAUCCAUGUGGACCUUUGUCGAAUUUUUACAUCGGCGACACGCGCGCCGUUCCUCAUGACCUACGAGUCGGCGAACCUUGACGAGGUGCUGGAUGGUGAGGAGGCGUCCUCCUCCGCCAAUGCCCACAUCUCCCAUCAAACGCUGCUGCACCAGCCAACGACCGCUGCUGUGCAGCACUCCGUGUCAACCAGGCUCGCAGGGUGCGUGCUGACAGAGCUGCGGCGUGCUGCCGCUGCUGUCGCUGCUGCUGAAGAGAGCCCCGACUCUGCCCCCGCUGCGAAUUCAGGGCAGUCUGAUGACAGCGAUCACCCCCAGAGCAUGCAGGACCUCCAUCACUUGAUUAAGGAGGUCACCCCCGAUGACUGGCGGUCCUUCAGCUCCCACGUGCCCAAGGCGCCCGCCAAGGAGCAGCCCGAGUGGGAGGCCGAAGAGCCGCUAGCGAAGCCCAUGAGGGCAGCUGCCAAACAGCGGCGUGAGCUUGCAGCCAGGACGAGGCAGCUUAUAUGGGGAGAGCCUUGGAAAGACAAAGUUGAGCGAGUACGGGUGGCGUCUCCCUAUAGCCGCUACGCGUCGUGGAGUUUGAAUGCGGUGAUGGUGAAAGGAGGCGACGACCUUCGACAGGAGCUGCUAGCCUCCCAGAUCAUCGAGCAGUUCAGCGCAAUUUUCCAGGAAGCUGGUUUACCACUCUGGCUGAAGGCCACAAAGAACAGGCUCAGCUUCACCUCUCCUUGCUUGGCAUCCCCUGCUCCCGAAGCCAUGACGGAGGCCGAGGCCGUAAUGCGCGACCAGUCCGGGUACAUCACCCACACCUCGAAGAAAGACUUUGGCCCGCUCGAGUUCACAGGGAAAAUUGCAGGGGGAUUAAGGAUGGACCUGAAGAGGCGUCUGCCGCUGUAUGCCAGCGACUGGACGGAUGCGUUUAAGGCUGAGAACAUCCAAAAAUCUGUGUCCUCCAUCAUGUACUUGUUCAUCGCGGCAUUGGCACCGGCGAUCACCUUCGGCAGCCGCUUCUUGGACGGCACCAAUGGUCAGUUUGGAGUGCUGGAGAUGAUCAUGUCCACCUGCAUCAGCGGCAUACUUUUCUCCACAUUCGCAGGGCAGCCCUUGUCCAUCCUGGGCGCAACCGGCCCUUUUUUGGCCUACACCCUCGUCGUCUACGACCUGGCGGAAGCGGUCGACAUUGAGUUCAUGCCCUUCUACUUCUGGACGUGCAUGUGGUGCUCGCUCUUCACCAUCCUCGUCGCAGUUUUCGAUCUCUGCGCUCUCAUGAAGCACGUGACGAUGUUCAGUGAGGACAUCUUCGCUGGAUUGAUAUCACUCAUCUUCAUCAUCGAUGGAGCGAGGCCCCUCAUUGAGAAUUUUGCAGAUGGUGUAAUGCCCCUGACCAAUGCCAUGUUCGAGAUGCUCCUCUUCCUCCUUACCUUCGGAUUGGCGACCUAUUUGUCCCACUUCCGGCGCAAGCCUUGGGCGCUCCGGUCUAUCCGCAACCUCCUGGCCAACUUCGCGGUGACCAUCGCCCUCGUUGUCGCGUCAGCGGUUGCUGCGAUCUACUCCGACAAGACAAACCUGAGGAUGUUGCAGGUCGACGCAGACUUCUCGCCAAACCUGGUCCUCUCCGAUGGCAGCAAGCGCCCCUGGAUCGUGAACCCCGCGGGCAUCGAGCGGCCCUUCCCUGCCUGGGCCAUUCCUUAUGCCAUUCUUCCAGCAAUUGGCUUUGCAGUGUUGGGGUACCUGGACCAGAACUUGACCUCUGUGAUUGUGAAUAGGCCUUCCAACAAUCUCAAAAAGGGUCCUGGAUAUCAUCUUGACCUCUUUGUCCGCGGAGCGCUUACACUACCAGCUUGCGCCGUGCUCGGCCUCCCCCUUUCUGUGGCCUCCACAGUGCCGAGCAUUACUCACGUGAUCUCUUUGACCACAUACGAUGUUCAGCAGAUGCCGGGGGGUGAGCGUAAAGUGCCGGUGAAGGUGGUGGAGCAACGCGCAACUAACUUCUUGAUCCAUGUGUUCAUUGGUCUCGCACUCUUCCUUGCCCCGGCGCUGAAGCUCCUUCCACGGUCGGUCCUGCAGGGUGUGUUCUUCUACAUGGGAAUCGCCAGCUUGACCGGCAACAAUCUCUUUGACCGGCUCAAGCUCUGGCUUAUUUGGGACUCGGCCAAGUACCCACAGUACCACUACGUGCAGAAGCUUCCCAUCAUGCGUGUGCACUUGUACACCCUCGUCCAAGUGGUUUGCCUCGCCAUCUUGUAUGGCCUCAAGGCAAUCAAGGAGACCUCGGUCGUGUUCCCCUUCUUCAUGGCCUCCUUGGCCAUCGUCCGCAAGGGAAUGAGGUACAUGUUCACCGACGAGGAGCUCAAGCAGCUGGACGGUCUCCCGGGACAGGAAGAGGAGGAGGAGGAAGAAGAGGGACCCAAGCCGGAUCUCUUGAACCUGGACGUGAAGCCUCCGGGUCAGGACAAGGAAGCCUAA